AUGUCAGCCCAAAACAUCUACGACAAUUCCACCUUCUUCUCCGCCUACGGGACUCUCCCCCGCUCACAGCUCGGUCUACCAGGCGCCCCAGAAUGGCCUGACCUGCGGUCCAUGGUACUCGGGGACACCUUAACUCAAUCCCUACAAGGGCAGCGCGUUCUGGAUCUCGGAUGCGGGUAUGGCUGGUUCGCGCGAUGGGCUCGAGACAGUGAUGCUGCGUAUGUGAAAGGCGUGGAUAUUUCAGAGAAGAUGAUUUCUCGAGCAAGGGAGUUGGAAACCAACUUGUCUUCUAAAAGUGAAAUCAAGUAUGAAGUUGCGGAUAUCGAGUCGAUUACCUUCAGAAACGAUAGCCAACAAGGAGAAAAAGAGAUGUAUGAUCUGGUUUACAGCUCUCUAACACUCCACUAUAUUGAGGACCUGAGUCGACUCUACCGCGAGAUCCACGCCGCACUGAAACAGGGCGGCAAAUUCGUCUUCUCUGUUGAACACCCGAUAUGCUCUGCCCCUGUUAAUCCAGGCCCAGACUGGAAAUCGAUCCAGGACGAAAAGGACGGCCAGGAACACAAGAUAUGGCCGCUGAACAAGUACAGUGAUGAAGGGUGGCGAGUGACGAGCUGGCUUGGUAUUGACGGGGUGAAGAAGUACCAUCGGACUGUGGAAACAUAUGUCCAGUUUCUUUUACAGAAUGGCUUUACUUUGACGGGAUUCAGGGACUGGGCGCCCUCGUUGGAGGAUGUGGCGGAGCAUCCUGAGUGGAAGGACGAGAGACAUCGGCCUUAUUUCUUGUUGAUUAGUGCGAGGAAAUGA